AUGAAAAUCCAGUAUUUUCUUUCUAUACUGCUUUUGCACUUCAGUUGGUUUUAUCUGGUUUUCAUUUCCUUAAUAUUGAAUUGUGCUGAACCAAGCCAAGGUAACCUAGGGUUGAAAUUAGGAUUAUCUAAAGUAGAUGGAAAAGAGAGGCACCCAUUACCAAGGACAGGUUCUUUUAGAACAGGGAGCCAUGACUAUAAUGCUGGCAAUUCCAAACCUAGAACAAGAAGUAAUAUUGCUCAAGCUGGAGCUCUCUUGGCAAAGAGUGACAAUUUAAAGACGACUCUGCCUAAAGCAAGGAAUACAGAAAAGCAUGGAGGACUUACUUCAAAUAGACAACCAGGAAUAAGGACGGUGACUCCAAAGGUUCAGAAUUUUGGCCCUAAGGCCCCACUGAAAAAAUCUGGCACAGGGAAUCCACAUAGUUCCUUCAAAACCAAAACAAUCAAAGAACCUAUUACCCAAAGGGAAUCUAAAGAGGCAUUCAGGCAUCCUGCUGUCAUACCACAUGAAUAUAUGCUUGCCUUAUACCAAGCUCUUUCUAAUGCAGAACAGAAAGAUAUAAAUGGAAGUAUGAAACUGGAGAUGGGACUUGCCAAUACAAUUACAAGCUUCAUAGACAAGGGACAAGAUGACCAAGCUCCAGUUAAAAAGCAAAAAUACAUUUUUGACAUCAGUGCUCUAGAGAAAGAUGGUUUACUGGGGGCAGAAUUGCGGAUUUUAAGAAAAAGAGCUGAUAUUUGGAAACCUCAUCCUCCUGAGAAAACCUAUCAAGUGAAGCUAUCCAGUUGCUCUACAAGUAGGCAAGCAUCCAUUAUCUUGGAGUCUCGAACAGUCAACGUCAUAGAUACAGCAAAAUGGGAAGUGUUUGACAUUUGGAAAGUGUUUAGGAACUUUAAAAACUUUAAUAACUUGUGUUUUGAACUGGAGACUUUUGAAAAGGGGAGGCCUGUUGAUUUAAGGAUUGUGGGGUUUAAUAGAACAGGAAGGCAAGACAAGGAAAAGGCUCUUUUUUUAGUAUUUGGUAGAACAAAGAAAAGAGACUUGUUUUUCAAUGAAAUAAAAGCCAGAUCUGGUCAAGAUGACAAAACUGUUUAUGAAUACCUAUUUAGUCAAAGAAGGAAGAGAAGGGCUCCUCUAACAACCCAACAAGGAAAGCGGUCAAACAAAAAUUUGAAGGCAAAAUGUAGCAGAAAACUACUCCAUGUGAAUUUUAAGGAUAUGGGUUGGGAUGACUGGAUAAUUGCUCCUCUUGAAUAUGAAGCAUAUCAUUGUGAAGGACUUUGUGAAUUUCCUCUUAGGUCUCAUCUAGAACCCACCAAUCAUGCUGUUAUCCAAACAUUAAUGAACUCGAUGGAUCCAGAAUCAACACCUCCCACUUGUUGUGUUCCUACAAGGCUGAGCCCUAUUAGCAUUUUGUUUAUUGAUUCUGCAAAUAAUGUCGUUUAUAAACAAUAUGAAGACAUGGUGGUAGAGUCGUGUGGAUGUAGAUAA